AUGAUUGCGCAGGCAGUUCCAGGUAAGCAAGUGGAGUCGAACGUGCUGAAGCUGCUCUACCGGCAGCAUCUGCAGAACCCGAAAGCAGCCACCGGGUCGCCGGCUCAGCCGCCAGCACCCCCAAAGGCCGGCCAGCCGCCCCAGAAGAUCAAGAAGAAGACGCUCGAAGAAUGGCGUGACGAGCAGCGGAAGAAAAUGAAAGAGCGCGGCAUCCCGUGCAUCUCCGAGGAUCCCGAGAUGCUCAAGUCGGAAUUCGAGUUACCAUCGGCCCCGAUCCGGCCCGCCGUCGUCAAAGAGCGGACCCGGGAGUUGCAGUGGAAGAAGCCGAGCACCGUCACCACCGACACGGCUACCACCGGGACGACGCGCAGCCCUACGGGAAUCUCGCCCGGAUUGAUGGCCGGCGGCCCUCGAACACCGCAUGCAUUUACGCCACCACCAGUAAAAGCAUUGCCGGUGGUCCCUGCGGCAGCGAUCGUCGAAAAGCACGAGAAACAUGAGAAGCACGAGAAGCCGGAAAAGGAGCGCAAAUCCGACCCGUCUGCCGAUAAAUCGAUCUCGACAUCCCCGGAUCCGCAGGGUGAACGGCGGAAGAAGAAAAAGAAGAAAGAAAAGCUGGUGGUGGAUGAAGCCGGGAAAGCACCACCACAGCACCAUCCAGAAGCAGUCGUCACCGUGGUUGCCGCACAGGCCCUCCCCCGAGUCCCGUCCACCCAUACGGCCCCCGUUCAGCCGGCGGCUGCCGUCGACGCGAGCGUGAAGAGCUACAAGUCGGAGAGGCGCGAGAAGAAGGAAAAGGAGAAAGAGAGGGAGAAGGAGAAAGAGAAGGAAAAAGAAAAAGAGAAAGAGGUCGAGAAGCUCCCAUCCACCAUCACGCCGCCCAUCAUGCCGCUGAUAGUGGUCGAGGAAAAGAAAGCUGAAGAGAAGAAAGAGGAAGGUCCCGCCGCCGACGCCUCCCAAUCGCUCAGGCGCGACAAGAAGAAAAAGAAGAAGGUGGCCGUGCAGGACCCGUCGGAGAAAGCGGAAAAGGAACGGAUGCUGGAGGCUAUGCCGGAUGAGCCAGUGCAAGCCGCACCGAUCCUUUCGCCGGCGGAGAUGCUCAAGGACAAAGACAAGCUCGCCCAGGCCGAACAGGCGUUCGAGAAUGAUGUCACUCCCGGAGCCGCCGCCACCGCCCUCGAGGUGCUCAAGGAGGCCAAAGAGCGAAAGUCCCUGGAGCGCCUGAUGAACCCGCACGAGAAUGACCUGCUCGCCAAGUUUUUCGCCGGCAUGCUCGCCUACAAUGAAAAGAUCAUGGCACUGCUGGGGAAAGCGCUCGACGGCAUCUUUGAAGACACCCACCGAGCCUACAAGACGAAACCCCGCGACCUGCCCGACGCAUGCUUCUUCCUCAACAAGGAAAUGGCUAAAAAAGCCAUCUUCGACGCGCUGUUCGCCCACCCGGAGUACUUGCCGGACUCGUGGAAGACCAAGUUUCAGCUGUGGCGUGAGGAGGCAAACCGCGAGCAUUACGGCAUCCACUGGUGGCAGGUGCUGUUCUGCUACCCCAAGCAACGCUCCUUCGACGACUCGGCCGUCCGCGAAGAUGGCACGUUCACGCCGGCCGCCCGCAAUCUCCUCAUCGCCCUCUUCAUCGGGCCCAGCGACCAGAAGACGUUCGAGGAGACGUCGCGUGAACAUGCCGCCCGUGGCAUCUACUUUACCCCCGCCCUCGCCAACGCCGCCCUCUGCACCAAGGACGGCUGCAAGGAUUCGAAAGACGGCUGCAAGUGCAAGGCAAAA